AUGGAGAAGGGGAAGCAAGCAACUGGAAUUGAAGUUUUGACAGAGAAGGCAAUGAAGAUGAAAAGAUUAGGCCUCUACCCUGUCGAACCUAAUACUGUGGGUGAAGGGUUGCCUUAUGCUCCCGAAGAUUGGCCAAAUCCUGGCGAUACUUGGCGUUGGUGGGUCGGCAAGAGGACCUAUCGCUCUGGUUUCUAUAAAGACAGGUUCUUAUAUCUUCCAAAGCGUCUCUGUGUCCAGGGCAGUGAUAAUCGCUUCAAGAGCGAGCCUUCGCUUGCACACUAUAUCUCUUUGCAGUUUCCGAACUCAGAUGUCAAUGAGUUCUUUGCUUCUUUUAGCUGGAUGGUUCCCUCUACGAAGCAUCACUGGCACGAAGAAUUGCAUCCAGAUCUCUUUCCACAGGUACCAGGGGACGAAAUUGCAUCUAAGCGGAAAAACAAGGCCCCCUGUAAUUCCCAGAGGAUGAAAAAAUCGAGACCAGCUACAUCACAAGCCUUCCCUAGGCACAAAACCCGACAAUCGUACAAAAUAUCAGCUCAAGCCGACAUUAGAGAUGAGGAGUCGGUAAUUGACUUGAGUUCCCUGAAGGAUGGUAGCACAAGUGAUGGAAGUGGAUAUUCAAAAUGUGGCUCUGAGUCGCAAGUUGAUGUUGAAGACGUUGCUCCUGACCAAAGUAUUGGCUCUAGCUUCUAUGCAACCAAUGCUUCUGAGGCAGAAGAUGUGCAAAAAGUUGAGGAACUUCAUGCUCAGUUUUGUGAAGAAGGGGUUGAUGACUGUCGAAAGUCUUUGGAACAUAUUCUUUCUCAGCACGAUGAUGAAACUCAGGUACGGACUCCUUUCACUUUUGUAGGUUCUGAGAUGGCAGAGGAAAUGUCUACUCAUCGCAGGAAACUUUCUUCCAUUCUUGCCCUGGAUUUCUCGUGCUUGCUGUCCUCAAAGUACUUGGAAGAGAUUAGUCAUUCAGUUGAGAAGCUCGGUACUGAUCCCAUCUUGACUGUUGAUCAAUUGCUUAAGUUGAAAUUGGUCGAAGAAAUCCCCAAAGCAGGCGAGGUUUUUCUAUGCACUAAGGGAAUUGCUGAGCAGGCUAACAAAUUUUUUGAAGAUCUUCGGGCCAUGAAGGAAAAGGUUUCUUCUAUCAAGAGGGAGUUCAGUGAGCUGAAGAAGGGAGCAGGGGAAUUGCGGUCUCAGAUAGAUUCCAAGUCAUCUCUUGUGCGAGAAAUAGAUGAACAAAUUGCGCAGCUUCAGUGUAGGAAAGCCGAACUUGUUCGUGACCUUGAGUCGAAGAAUAAGGCAAAAGAUCAGGUGGUUGCUGAGCAGAAAAUCACGGCAAGCUCUAUAUCAGCUGUCGCGCGAGAGAUCAAGACUGCCAGUGCUGAAAUCCCAGCAUGGGAAAUGAAGAAGAAAACUGCCGAAAAGCGAAUGGCUGAGAUUCUCGCGAGAUACACGCCUCUCAAAGGGUUCUCCUUUGAGAAAUCAGGCUGAAAGUUUUCUUCUUCAUUUCCCAUUCUGGGAUUUCAUCACUGGCAGUGUGGAUCUCUUGCUGGACAACGGAUGAUUUCGGUGUCAAGAAUGCUUGUUCGUAACUUUUGUGUUUGAUUCCUUACUUUUGAAUCUUCUCAAUGUUUAUGAAUAUGGAAAGCUUUGUUUGGUCGGUUUAACAGGGUCGCUAGUCGUGCAAUAUGAAUUGCUAGAGUUAAGAGAAAGAGCUACUAG